CUUCCCAUUUUCCUCCUCUUUCAACUACUUUAUUUUGGAGCAAAUCCUUGUGCUUUUGUUGUUUUUCGUGCAUGGAGCUCCACCUUGGACUCUCUCUUCCAACUAAUCCUUUUCUCCCCAUCGGUUACGAGCUAAAACAGUGUCCGUUCGACGCUCAUGUUACCGACGGCGAUGGCGGUUGCUGCAGCAGCGGCAGCAGUUCUAGCAGCGGCGGAAUAAAACGGACCUGCUUUGAUGAUGGGAGUGAGACUCGGGUUGUUCCUAAAACUCUGCCUCUUUUGCUUUGGAACAGUGACCAACCUAAUGAAGAAGAUGACCCGAAUGAUCUCCAUGAAAACUCUUCUUCUUCUUCUUCUUCUUCUUCCAUUAUCAAGAAUGACGGAGAGGGUUUAGUGGGGUGGCCGCCGGUGAAAACCUGGAGAAAGAAGCUCCGCCGCCACGUACACAGCGGCAGACCAAAUAACAAUCGCAUGGUAGCUGCGAAGAUGACGGCGAGGAAGAGUGUCUCAACGUACGUGAAGGUGAAAAUGGAAGGGAAUGCAAUUGCCAGGAAGAUUGACAUCAGUGUUCAUCGCUCCUUUGAAUCGCUUACAACAACCCUGAUGAGAAUGUUCGAUAUACGCGACGAGCAUCUGCAGAAGAGCUUUAAACUUGCUUAUCAAGACAGAGAAGGUGACUGGUUGCUUGCUGAAGAUGUUCCCUGGAGGACCUUCAUCCGUUGCUUGAAAUGCAUCAAGUUGAUUCGAAUCGGAUGUUAGUAGCAACCCCAUCGAAGAACAAAGUACCGUCGGGCCAUGUUUAAGCCUUUCGGUUCCAAUAAAAUUGAGUAGGAUCGAAAUCUAUCGAGUUCGAGUUUCAUAUUUAUCUUUAGUUUAUUUCUAUAAAAUCAUAUCAAAUCGAAAUUUA